CUUAUCAAAUUAAAUCAAUCUUAACACUAAAGAAAUUAACUACUUAAGAGAGAUAAUCACAUAUUUAAGAAGCUGCCAACAAGUUUAAUUAAAUCAUGGAAGCAUCAAAGGUUUGCUGCCCACCUGGUGAAGCUGUUGGAAACUCAUGCUGCAAAUGUGCCCCGGGAUGGACUUGCGUGAUUAAAAAGAUUGAAGAACCUGAACUUCUUGCCGGUGGCGAGCAUUUCACCAAAUGCUCCGAAAGCUGUGUUUGCAUCACUGAUGAGUCUACCAAAGUAGAGACUGAGGGAGGAUUCUGUGUUUGCGGAGAAGGGUAUACUUGUAGCUUCGUAAAGACUGAAGGCCCUGAUGCCGGGAAAGUCUUCUUCGAGUGCGGCAAUGGCUGCAGGUGUGAGCUUUCUGCCUCCGGCGAUGAGGUGGUUGUUGUCAAAGAAGCCUAAGAAACUUAGUGUAAUAACCUUAAUUGACUUCUUGAUGUGAUGUAUUAUUUAUAUUUGCAGUGUGUGUGUGUUAAAGGAAUGUGGAGGGUGUGGUGAAGUUUAUAUUUGAGCUUAUGCAUGAUUGUACGUAUGUAUGAUACUUUUGGUUUUGCCUUUUAAUAAUAAGCAUUGUUGAUUUGUUGUUA